AUGAGUGACACAAAAUCGGAGGAUGAAGACUAUGAUUUAAGCUUCAUUUUUAAUGCUAUGUUCUACACAUGUACAGAAGGUUUCAGUUGGGAUAAAUCGAUAUAUAGAGUUGGUAAUGAACCUAAUAAUUUUACAGCAUUGUGUAGUAAAUUUUUUACAGUUCAAGGAAUUCAGAAUCAUAGAUCUCAAGAAUUUUCUAGUUUAUGUCGUGUUCUUGGUCUAUAUUUAAAUCAUAUAAAAAAGAGAGAAACAGAAAUUAAUCUAAAAUCAUGUUGUGAAUUAUUCUAUUAUAAACUGAAAAAUGAUAUAACGGAUAAAUUUUCAUUACAUUGUACAUACGCUAAUAAAGAUUCUUAUAAGAAAAUGACAGAACAAAGAGUAUCGAAUAUUAGUACAACUAUAUCACAGAUAUGUAUGCAAUAUUCUGGAGAUAUUGAAGAAGAUACAUCUAAACUAUUGGAAUAUCUGUUUAAUAUAUAUUACUACAUUGAUCUUUUAAAAAAUCUUCAAAAAUGCGACACUCAAGAGAUACGCAUUUUCAAAGAGAACAUUGAAAAUUUAGAAAAAUGCCCUUGUAAGAAUAAAAAUCGACUUAAGGCAGAACUCGAAAAAAUUGUUAAUGUAUGUGAAGGCUAUAUAAAAAAUUGGAAUCUCCAUCCUAUUGCAACGCAUGCCGCAGAUCACCUAACUCAUGAUAGUUGGAUAGAAACAAGAAGAAAAAAACUCAGGGGGGUGGAUGAAGAAAACAUAAGAAUCAUUGAGAAACAUCCAGAAACGUUGAAGGCUCAUACAUUAGUAGCAGAUACAUUGAGAAGCAAUUAUACCCCUUAUUUUUCAUUUAUAAAAACAAAAGUACGGAAAUUAAGAAGAAAUUUGCAUAAAAAUAACAAAAAUAUUCCGGAAUUUAUGUAUUCAUUUGAUGUUCAAUACAAAAAUUCUAUUGAUGAUAGGUGUAAAAUAGCAUAUAGUUAA